ACGUUCGAGCGCAUUGAGCUUGAUGCUGUGCGAGACCCGGACGCUGUGAGCACGCGGAGAGGAUAAAGGAAAAGUUCCGUUUUAAAGUUUUAUCUGAUAAAAUUUGGUUUUAUUUACAUUCCGGACCGAAUUCAGGAAUAAACUCCGAAUAUGGAGCUGCGGUUUUCCAGCUUAUUUUACGCCUGUGUUAUUUUUCUCUCAGGAUCGGUGUGUGGGCUGCAGAUAACAUCCUCAGGCCCGGCGUCUGUGGAGAAGGCGAGUGGUGAGACUGUAACGCUGGAGUGUAAAUUCACUCUCGCAGCGGAAGACAACGGACCUCUGGACAUCGAGUGGAGCAUCCAACCCUCUGACAACCAGAAAGAAGAGAAAGUGUUGAUCCUGUACUCCGGGGACAGGGUGUAUGAGGAUUACUACCCCCCUCUACGGGGUAGAGUGCACUUUGUCUCCUCCGACCCAAAGAAUGGUGACGCCUCGAUCACAGUAAUGGCUCUGAUCUCCUCCGACACCGGCACCUACCAGUGUAAAGUCAAGAAAGCACCAGGCAUCAGCAGCCAGAAGGUCCUGCUCACUGUCAUGGUGCGUCCUUCUAAGCCACGGUGUUCUAUCGAGGGUUCUCCAUAUGUGGGGAAUGAUGUGGUUCUGAGGUGUAAAUCCACUGAUGGGACGAGUCCAAUACAGUACGCGUGGGUGAAGACCAGCGACAGCAAGCUGCUGCCCGCUAACGCUGUGCUGGAUGCUGCUGCAGGGACGGUGAAGAUCCGUAAUGCGACUACAGCCGUGUCAGGGAGUUACCUCUGCACUGCACAGAACCGAGUGGGGGCUGAACAGUGUGUAUUGGAGCUCAAAAUCACAACACCCCCAAACACAGCGGGUGUGGUCGCCGGGUCUGUAAUCGGUGUGUUGCUGUUCCUGCUCCUCUUGGCUCUGCUCCUGUUCUGCUGCUGUCGCUCUCGUCAGAAAAAGAAGUAUGAGAAGGAGAUUUCCUACGAGAUCAGAGAGGAUGUUCCUGCCCCAAAGAGCCGGAUCUCCACAGCCCGCAGUUUCACCAGUGCGGGGAGUCAGCGCUCCUCUCUCGGCUCCAUGUCUCCCUCCAACCUGCACGAGUACACCAAAACCCAGUACAACAAGAUUCCAUCGGAGGAGUACGAGGCUCCGCCCAGCCACGUCCCUGAUCCCCCACCCAGCCUCACCCCCGUCAUCCCAGUCAUCCCACCCAGCAGGGUCGCCGGCCCCAAUCUCAGCCGCAUGGGGGCGGUUCCGGUCAUGACCCCGGCACAGAACCGGGACGGAUCCAUAGUGUAGCAGCGGAGCAGCCGAGUGGAUCUGAGGCGAGAAGAACGUCACAUGCUGAACUCACGAUUUAUUCUUCCAGAUCAUGAGCAGAAGGAGGUGCAUGAAGAUGUGUGUGUGUGUGUGUGUGUGUGUGUGUGUGUGCGCGUGGAUAAACCAGAUUUUGCUCUGUAAAUUAAUGAACGGUUUUAUUUUAAGUUUGUUUUCAGAUGUAAUCUGUAGUGAGAUGUAGCUGAAAUGCUCUGUAUGAUGAAGUCCAGCUGUCGUAGAUGAACGUGAAAAUGAAGAAUAGUAAUGUGGCUCCAGUUAUUCAAUCAAUUACUGAAUAGAUUUAUUUUUUUAUUUUAUUUUGUUGAAGUUACUUAGCAAGUUAACCAUUGGCUAGCCAGUUAGCCUUGUUUCUAUUUAAUAUGUAAGAACACUUUAAUGUAGCUCUGAUGGUACUUCAUCAAGCUACUGGAACUCAAACCAGAGUAGGAACCAGGGCAGGAACCAUCUCCCAUCGUUGAUGCGAGAAACAUUUUGAUAUCUAUAACGUUGGGAUAUUAGCAUAAUUGUACCUGGGGGGGGGUCAGUAAUGUGAGACCUACACGUACAUGUUUAUAUGCAUAGAAUGUAAUUUUUAUAAAUUCCUCUUAUUUGAAUUUAUUUUGACCUACUCCUGAUCAUGUGUGUGCUGAAACCCCAAGUGGUAGACAAGUGCAUGAAGAUCUCCAUUUAUAUAACUCACUGCACUACAUAGCAGUUCCAAAAACAGCAGCGGAAAAGACUAAAUUAAUAAGGGACUUUUCAUGCUGCUGGUGGUCCUGCCCCUCUGUUAACCCCCCCCCCCCCCCCCCCCCCCCCCCCCCCCCCCCCCCUUGGUGACCCUGCACCUCUGGUAACCCCUCCCCCUUUGGUGACCCUGCGCCUCUGGUAACCCCUCCCCUUUGGUGACCCUGCGCCUCUGAUAACCCCUCCCCCUUUGGUGGCCCUGCCUCUAGUUGUUGUAAGUUAUUAGUGGAGCUAACACAUACCAAGGGUAACUGUCUGUGCAAGGACAGAAAAGAUGAUUGUGUGUGUGCGCGCAUGGGCGUGUUUAAUUUUAGCAGAUGAAGGAUCUCACUUUGGGGAAAAUACAGUCAGAAAAAGUAAUGUAAUAUCUAUAGAGUAAUUAAAAUUCGCUUGUGUGUGUGUUCUGUCUUUUUUCCACUGAGUGCGUGAAAAUAGUUAUUCUAAUUACAGAAUUUUGAGUUUUCUGCAGAUCAUGACACAGACCGAUCUGAUGUAGCUCUGUGCUUUGAAGUUGAUGAAGGUAAUCAUGAUGGAUCCCGUUGUUCUGUACCGUGUCUAGUGUAAAAGUGGGCAGGUUUUUUCACCAGGUUGAUUCUUUACAGUUGCGUUGUAACUGCAGUUUCCUAUCGGAGCGUAAUAAGCACAGGCCGUGUUAUCUAUUAGUGGAUAUCACAAUGUUACUAUAGUAUUAGAAAUGUAGGGAUGUGACAAACGUACUUUUUAAUUUGAAAACCUAAAAUAGUCAAAUAAUUUCCUUUUGAUUAUUGAGGUGAGUGUUAGCAUAGAAUUAGCCUAGCCUUAACGAGCAGUUCAACCCGGUGUCUUUACCACAUGCAAUAAAACCCAUGAACAUAGAAGGGACAGGGGCUGGUGGUAAUCGUAGCUGUUAUGUCACUGUUUCUUUCUACCUGUUUAACUGUAAUGUUUUACAUUUUAGUUUAUUUUUUUUGUUUUUACAUAUCCUGUAAAUUGUAUUCUUUUUGUUAAUUUUUAAAUAAAAAAAAGCACAAAAAACUCA